AUGUUUAAAGCGGGAAACUUAGCUGCCUAUGUUAAAGAAUGGCAAGCUUUAACGUCGGAUCCAGAAAUAAUGGAGACACUGACUGGUCAGAGAAUUGAAUUCUCUGAAAUUCCUGUACAGUCGAAAACUUUGAUGAAUGUAAAAUUCACAGAGGCACAAACCAAACUGGUAGACCAUGAAAUUGGAAAACUCCUUAACAAGGGUGUUAUUGUGCCAUGCACACGCGAAGAGGGAGAUUUUGUCUCUCCAAUUUUUACCCGUCCAAAAAAGGAUGGCACUCUUCGAAUGAUCUUGAAUUUAAAAUCACUUAACAAGUUUAUUACCUAUUACCAUUUUAAAAUGGAGACUGUCUGGUCUGCAAUAAGGUCAAUGACCCCUGGAUGCUAUAUGGCUUCCAUAGAUUUAAAAGACGCCUAUUACUCAGUGCCAAUCCAUGCUGAUUAUCACAAAUAUUUAAAAUUUCAGUGGCAAGGGCAGAUAUACAAAUUUGUAUGUUUUCCCAGUGGACUAGCUAUAUGUCCUCGAAAGUUCACUAAGCUGUUAAAACCAGCCUUUGCUUACUUAAGGAAGCAUGGCCACACUUCAGUCGUUUUUAUUGAUGAUUCCUGGCUAAAAUCAGCCCAAUAUAAUGAUUGCAUUGAGAACAUUGUAGCUACUUUAAGCUUGUUAGACAAACUUGGGUUUACUGUGCACCCAGAAAAGUCUAUACUUAUUCCUACACAACAAAUUGUGUUUUUAGGCUUUGUCCUUGACUCCUUAAAGAUGUGUGUGUCAUUGACGCCUGAAAGGGCUCAAAAAUUAAUUGAGGCUUGCCAAAAAUUGCUUCAAAAUGCUUGUCCCACCAUCCGAGAGGUAGCCCAGGUGCUUGGAAUUAUGACUUCUAGUUUCCCAGGGGUAAUGUUUGGCCCACUCCAUUAUAGAUCUCUGGACAUGGACAAAACAAAUGCCCUUAAACAAAGUAAAGGGAAUUUUGAAGGGAAAAUGUCUAUAUCACAGGAAUCUAUAACAGAUGUAAAGUGGUGGAUAACAUCCUUACCAGAGGCCUAUAACCCAAUCAACCAUGGGGAGGUUGAAGUCACUAUAUCUACCGAUGCAUCUUUGACUGGAUGGGGGGCCUGUAUAGACACCACAACAACAGGUGGGAACUGGACACCUGAUGAAAGGGCAAAUGACAUAAAUUACCUAGAAAUGCUAGCAGUUUUCUUAGCAUUGCAAUCUUUUUCCUCUGCAGUUGCCGGAAAACAUGUAAAACUGCUAGUUGAUAACACUACGGCUGUGUUUUCUAUCAACAACAUGGGCACUUGUCACUCUAAAGCAAAUAAUACAUUAGUGGCAAAAAUCUGGGAAUGGUGUAUAAUUAACAAUACAUGGCUCACUGUGGCACAUAUUCCAGGGAAACAAAACACUGCGGCUGAUAGAGAAUCUCGUGCAUCUCGACGAGAAACUGAAUGGUCUCUUAACAAGGACAUUUUUAAUGCUGUAGUUUCAACAUUGGGGUUUUCUCCUAAUAUUGAUUUGUUUGCCUCUAGGCUUAAUUACCAGGUUAAGCCAUAUGUUGCUUACACACCAGACCCAGAAGCAUAUGCAAUUGAUGCUUUUCAUUUGUCAUGGAGAAUGUAUAAAUUUUAUGCUUUUCCUCCUUUCUGCAUUAUUCACCAAGUUCUUCAAAAAGUAAAGAAGGACCAAGCCACAGGCUUGAUUAUUGUUCCAUAUUGGCCCACACAAGCUUGGUGGCCUAACCUAAUGAAUAUGCUUAUACAAUACCCUGUGAUUUUACCUAGGAGACAGAACACGCUGAUCCUACAAGCAGAUCCACAGGCGAUACACCCAUUGUUCAACAAACUGGAGCUACUAUGUUGCCACUUGUCAGGAGUCACCUCCUCAACAGAGGCAUUUCAGAAGGGGCUUCAGAAAUUAUCAUGCAGUCGUGGCGGCAGGGAACACAAAAACAAUAUCGCACUUACUUACAACGAUGGGAAAUGUUCUGUGGCUCAAGGGGGAUUAAUCCAGUUUGUGCAACUGUAG